CGGAAGUGGUGUCACGACCCUCGGUUGCUAGGAGAUGGGUGUUAUACAAGCUGGCUGGAUCCCUAAAGGUUCCUGAACUCUUCAUUGUUUCUUCCCCACAGGGUGUUUGAUCCCGAAAGCGGGCUGUCAUGUCGGACUUGGAUCUUGAGGACCUUCGGAGCACCUUCCCCUCUUACAUGGCGGAGGGCGAGCGGCUCUACUUAUGCGGGGAAUAUCAGAAGGCUGCUCUGUGCUUCACCAAAGCUCUUCGCCUUCAGAUGGAUGACCCAAACUGCCUGGUUGCUCGGUCUAAGUGCUAUCUGAAGUUGGGAGACUUGGAAAAUUCACUGAAAGAUGUUGAGAAAUCUCUCCAAAAUGACCAGACUUUCUGUAAGGGAAUUCUCCAAAAGGCUGAAACCUUGUACACUAUGGGAGACUUUGAGUUUGCCUUGGUGUACUAUCACAGAGGUUAUAAGCUGCGACCUGAUCGGGAAUUCAAAGUUGGCAUUCAGAAAGCUCAGGAAGCCAUUAACAACUCAGUAGGAAGCCCUUCCUCGAUUAAGUUGGAGAACAAAGGGAAUCUCUUCUUCCUCAGCAGACAGGCAGAGAAUAUGAAAGCCCAGCAGAAGACUCCAGUAAAGCCACUCUGGAAGGACAUCAAAACAGAAAGUAAACGGAAGAGCUCCCUGAAGAGUGAGAAGACUGUUCGACAGCUGCUAGGGGAGCUUUACGUGGACAAGGAAUAUCUAGAAAAGCUCCUUAAGGAUGAAGACCUGAUUAAAGGCACUAUCAAGCGUGGAAUGACUGUGGAAGACUUGAUCAUGACUGGCAUCAAUUACCUAGAUACUCGGACGGACUUCUGGAGACAGCAGAAGCCAAUCUAUGCUCGGGAACGAGACCGGAAGCUGAUGCAAGAAAAGUGGGUCCGAGAUCGGAAGCGCCGUCCAUCUGAGACUGCCCGCUAUAUUCUCAAGAGUCUGGAGGAGAUUGACCUGUUACUUACUAGUGGCAAUGCUGAGGGGAGUUGCCAGAAAGCUGAAAAAGUGCUGAAGAAAGUGUUGGAGUGGGACAAGGAAGAAGUGCCCAACAAAGACGAACUGCUUGGCAACUUAUACAGCUGCAUUGGCAAUGCACAGAUUGAAAUGGGGCACAUGGCAGCUGCAUUACAAAGCCAUCGCAAGGAUCUGGAGAUUGCCCGGAAAUAUGAACUGCCUGAUGCCAAAUCUCGAGCCCUGGAUAACAUUGGCAGGGUCUAUGCAAGAGUUGGGAAAUUCCAGCAAGCCAUUGACACGUGGGAGGAGAAGAUCCCGCUGGCAAAAACCAGCCUGGAGAAGACCUGGCUGUUCCAUGAGAUUGGCCGUUGCUACCUGGAACUCAACCGGCCUUGGGAAGCCCAGGAGUAUGGAUUGAAGUCCCAGGCAUGUGCCGAAGAGGAGGGGGAUGUCGAGUGGCAGCUCAACGCCAGCGUUCUGGUGGCCCAGGCACAAGUUAAGCUGAAAGACUACGAAGCUGCCGUGAGCAACUUUGAGAAAGCGUUGGAGAGGGCAAAGCUGGUCCACAAUAAUGAAGCCCAAAACGCCAUCAUCAGUGCUUUGGAUGACGCCAACAAGGGCAUCAUUGAAGAACUGAGAGCAACUCGAGGUUCUGAGAUUGUUAAAGAAAAGAAAGACAAAGAUGAAAUAUUUGAGGAUGCCGAAGUAGAGAAAAAUGAGGAAAAAGAAAAGGAAGACAUGGAUGAAUCAGAAGGAGAGAGGGGUGAGAGUGAUGAUCAGAAGGUAAAAUCGGAAGAGGAACUACAAAAAGAAAAUGAGCAACAGUUUGAGGAAAUACAGGAGAUGAAGAAGGAGGAAAUUGAACAUGAUGAAGAUGAAGAAGAACAAGAAGAGGAAGAGAAGGAAGAGGGGGAAGAGGAAACAGAAGAUGUAGAAACCGAGGCAGACACAGAUUAAGUAACUUGCCCAAGAUUACACAGCCAGUAAGUGUCCGAAGAAGGACUGGAACGAGCUCCUCCUUGUACCAUGUGGCUCCCUUUCUUUGUUCUCCCAGUGCUGCUGGGCUCCCUCCUCUGCUGGCUCGGCAUCCUUUUCCAUACUGCUUUAUGUGGGGGUCCCUUAGGAGUCUGACCUUAGCUCAGGAUUAUUGGUUUUAAAACUGAGACAUUAGAAACAGUUUAAUCCAAAACCUCCUUUUAUAAAUGAGAAAGUGGUCCUCUUCUCUCUUUAAUUUGGGGAUUUUCUUCAGAGCCAAAUCAGCUACCACCCUUAUUCCUUUUAUUCAGUUCAAGAGUUAAAUACUUGUUUAAGGGACACUCUUCUAAGUGCUAAGGAUACAAAGUAAAAAAACAAAAAACAAAAAACAUUCCUAUUCUUAGUGAGCUGACCCAACAAUGUGAACACAAAUAAAUGUAUGCAGGAUAAUUUCAGAUGGGUAGAAGGUACCAGGGAGCUCAGGAAAAGGCCUCAUGUAGGAGGUGGCAAAACUACUCAGCUUUAAAAAGAGGCCUGGGUUCCAAGGGGCAGAAUGAGGAGGGUGUGGAUGCUAGGCAAGGGAGAAUGUUUUUCCAAAAGCUUAGAUUGCAGCUAGCAUGAGAGAGAGCUGGAAUGAGUCAGACAAAGAUUGUAAUGAACUUUAUAUGCUGAGCAUUUUAUCUCUGAGGCAAGAGGAAGCCGUUGGAAGUUCUUUACAGGUCUCUAACUAUAGGAAUAAUAAUUUGACAGCUGUGUGGAGAAUGGGUUGUUGGAGGGAGGGACUUAGAGCAGGGUCAUCCAAUCAUCCAUCUAGUAGCAUCAGUUAGGAAGUGAUCCAAGGGAGGGGCCUGAGCCACAGUGGUGGCCAUGGUGAUAGAGAUGAUGGACCCCAAAAGGUACCACAUAACUGACUGAAUAUAGGAAGUGAGGGCAAGAGAAGAGUCAAGGAUGACUCAAGAUUGUAAUUUUGGGUAAAUGGAAGAAUGGAGAUAUUCUUGGCAAAAAUAGAGAAGUUAGGAGGCCAGAUGGAUUUGGGAGAAUGAUAAUUCUGUUUUGGCUGUGGGAUCAAAGUUUGCCUAACUUGUUUUUCCUUCUGGUUUCACUCUUUGUAGAUGACACCUGUGUUUAUAACUUUAGGAUUUUCUGUGAGAGUCUUCUCCUUGAUUGUUCAUACCCCAUUGUAGUGAGAAUGGUUGGACCAUUUCCCAUAGAACUGACCCAUGUUGGGGUUUUAUUCCCUGGGGCGGGAUAUAGACUAUGGCCCCUGGUUAAAGAUCAUGAAGGACCAGAAGCUCUUGGUUGGGUUCUUGGUCCCUGUGAAAUAUUGGUAGAAAAGGAGGAAGAUUGUACCAUUCAAGAUAGGUGACUGAGACAGGAACAGCUGCUUCCUCUGUUGGCAAUAAGGAGCAAGGAAGGAUUUGAUUGUUUCUGUUCUCUUCUUUUGGGACACAGUCCACAUUAAUUCUCUCUUGAACUUCUAACAAGGGAGGAAAAGAUCCUCCCCUCCCUACUCUUUUCUCCCUCCCCCAACAGUGACAGCAUGAAUAUGGGGAUUCAAGAACUUAUAAUACUAGGCAAGCCUGAACCCGAGCCCCAAACCCUGGCUCUCUUCUUCCAUCUUUCCUUGAGUUUUGAUCAUCAGAUAGUGAUGCUGAGAAACAUUUCUGGCCCCAACAGCUGCCUCAUAAGUUCAAGUCCCUGAGUCAAGUUUACUCCGAGGUCGCUUUUUGCAUCUACAUCUUCAGAGAAGACCAUCCCCAGGAGGACAGAGCUGAGAGGGCUGAGAAAGCUUAAGCUCUGCCUAGCUGAGGGCCCCCUCCUUGGGGAAGGUUACCGUUGCAAGUAUCACCUCCCCUUGGACAACUAGCACUUUGACUUUGAACUGGCACCACUCCACCUGUUUCUGUAACUUAAAUAUUCCAUGGGCAGCAGUUCUACCCUUUGUUCAGGCCAUUCUCUAUGCCAGAAAGGUCCAGAUUUUACUUGUUGGAUUCCUAAGCAUUUUUUAAAAGCCCAACUCAAAUGCCGCCUCUUUUAUGAAGCUUUCCUAGAUACCAUUCUUCUAUAGGGACCUUUUAUUUCCCACAUCACAGCGUUUUUGUAACUUGUUAUACCGUAAUACUAUGCAUUAUAUCUCUCUAAUCUCCCUACAAGGCUGUAAGCUCUGUGAGGGCAGGGCUCCCUUAUUUAAACUUUGUAUUACUCUCAGAAUAGAACUAAAUGUUUGUUUAAAGAAGGAAUAAAUGGAUCUUCACAAUUGA